AUGCCCGACAAACGAAAGCCUUCCGGCUCUUUCUCACAACCGCCUAUGCAGAGUAAACGGUCCCGUUCAUCCUACGCCGACGAAGACGAUGACGAAGAAGGAAUCCACUCCGGCAGGCCGGCGCACGAACGCCCACGCAACGAUCCUUUCUACGGCCAAAAGAGCGCCUUUCCGGGCCUCGACACGGGGGGAGAUGAUGAGUUAUUCUAUGGCCCCGCUGAGGAUGGGUUGGAAUAUCUUCGCAUGGUCCGGUCGGAAGCAAACUCGUUACCGUUCACAUUUACUGCGCCCCGACCAGACGAAACGGAGACGCAGCGCGAUGCCACAUCCGCCGCGGAGCUACCACGAUCCAACAAAGACGAACAAGAAGUAGAGAUUAUCCAAGAGAUAACACAAAAAGAUGAAGUCCUUGUCACCACCACAGCAGCAUCUGCCACCCUAGCGGCGUCACCAGACAAACUCACGUUAUCCGACGCGCAAGCCAGCUAUUACAACCUCCUACACCACCGAUUCCUCCUCCUCCGCUCCAUUUUAAAAUGUACACCACCGUCAUCCGCUAUCACAACCCUCGACGACUGGCAUCCGAUUACCCUACCCCGACACUCAAAGAAUGCUUGUCGCGAGUGGCGCCGUCUGUUACUAGCCGUGGAUCCGCAAACAGCGCAGCUGGCAUGUAUGGACAUGAAUAGUGUACUCGGCGUGUUGGGAAUCAUGGGACGUCUGAUGUCAGAGAACGUGCGGAGCGGCGACGCGGCGCGCAUACGGCGUAUCGGUGCCUGGGCGUGGGGUCUCCUGGCCAAGUGCCGCGAGGUAGGACAACUGGGAACCGACGAGGUCGCGGAGAUCCGAGAUUUAGGGAAGCGCUCUACUAAGAUAUUGAGCAAGAUGAGGGAGGAGGAGGCGGAGGUGGAAGCAGCAGGAGAUGUGUCAGCGGACGAAUCCGACGAGGAGCUCCCGGAUGACGGGCCCGCUCCUGUGGAAGAAGAGACAGACGGGAAAAGGGAAGUCGCCGGCCUCGAUCAGGAUAUGCCUGAUGUAGAAGAGAAUCCCUCGGGCGAAGGUCUCGAAGUUGCCAAGGCACGUCUACAGGCGAGACUAGACGGACUUGCGCAGGAUUCGCCGAGCGAUCCGACCAACUCUCGCAACGAGUCACCGGCGAGGGAUGACAGCAAUCCUCUAGAAGCUACCACGCAGACGCGCGCCAUGCUGGACAUGAUCAUCACCGUUGUGGGAGAAUUCUACGGGCAGCGGGACUUUCAAUAUACCAAACACACAAUCAUGGCACCCAAUCUCGAAAUCUCCAUUCCAACAACCAGCAUCUCACCGACAACCCCAGCCUACACAAUCUACAACAUCACCCUCCGUCUCCCCCUCCGCUCCUUCACCCUCUCCAAGCGCUACUCCGACUUCGUCUCCUUCCACAAAACCCUCCUCACCCAAACAAAUAGCGCGCCCCCCGCCCCCCUCCCCUCCAAGAACUGGUUCUCCAGCACCGUCUCCAACGCCUCCCUCCGCGAAGACCGCCGCCUAGCCCUAGAGACCUACCUCCGCGCCAUCAACGACACCGAAGACCCCAAAUGGCGUAACUCGCCCGCCUGGCGCGGCUUCCUGAAUCUCCCCAGCGCCGCCGCAGCAGCAACAACAACCACCACCACCUCCACCAACGGCCGCGGCGCGCCGAACACCUCCGCGCGCCUCCACGCCGCCAUCACGGACCCGGGCGCCGCAGGGGCGCCCAUUUCAGACCCAACGCUGUGGCUAGACUGCUACCGGGACAUGAAGUCACAUCUGCACGACGCCAGACUGCAUCUCACGCGCCGCGACCAGGAGACGACGCCGCAGAAGCAGCACGAGAGUUCCGCUCGCGCGAAGAGCAGCCUCGUGCGGGCCGGCACGCUGAUCGGGUCUCUAGAAGCGGGGCUCAAGAACAUUGGGUCUGGAAGCGGGGACGGUCCAAACCGCAGUAGUGGACCCUCGCUGGGCGACGGGGAGAUGCGUCGGCGGAAGGACCUGCUGAUCAACGCGCGGAAGGAGAAAGACGGGCUCGAGGACCUGCUGAACGCCAUGGCGGCUAAGAGCAGGGUUGAUAGCGCGGUCGCGUCCAUCCAGGAUAAAGAGGCCCUUGUUGGGGCCGCCGGAGGAGGGGGGGGAGGAGCGGGCAGGAAACCAGCCCGAUCGGGCCGCGUGCUGGGUAGGGAGACGGAGAGAACGCGCGAGCUGGAUAAUCAGGGCUUGGUGCAGCUGCAGAAGCAGACGAUGGAGAGUCAGGACCAGAGUGUGGAUGAAUUGAUGAAGAUCGUGACGCGUCAGAAGGAGCUGGGUAUUGCUAUUAAUAAUGAGCUCGAGCUGCAGAAUGAGCUGUUGAAGUUGGCGGAUGAGGAUGCUGAACGGCUGGGCCAAAAGGUUGAUGUAGGCAAGAAGAGAAUUGGGCGCAUUUCGUGAGCGCUGGCUCUUGUUAUUUUCAUCGAUAUUUAUCUACUAGACUCUCUUCGUUGUUUAGCGAGCUUGUUUGGCAUGACAUUUUACGGCAUCCCCUACGGACACUAAGGAUACCCAUCAACGAGCACACGAUACAUUCCUUCAAAAUUGGCAUUGUUCAUAGUGGUAUCUCAUCUGUUGUUGCUACCCUGUACCCCACCCCCUUAGAUUAACUCAAUUUGCGGACAGAAACUGGGCAGAAGUGUCAGUCAAUAUAAUCAACAUUGUAUAACCG